GAUGCCCAGCAGAGGCUUGCGCGCCCUCAGAGGCAGGACGUCGCAAUUGCAUCUCUCUCAAUGCCGAAAUCUCUCAUCAUCAACUCUUCCAUCCCGCCUGAACACCGCACAUCGAGUCGCAUCCCUUCGACCCUCACAAUCAUGGCGACCUAUCGCAAUAAUGCCCACCGUCGCCGCAUACCGACAUGCAUCGACUUCGCAGACACCUGCUCCGCCGACCUCGACACCUCCCUCCGAUUUUCCCAACCUCGACACGAUCACGCUCGACACGAUUGAGAUCAACCCGGCCAGCGAUCCUGCGACCCUCCUCCCUGAACAGAUCGGCUACCUUCAUCAGCUCGGCAUUGACUAUGGAUGGGGCCCGUCAACAUUAGUUCAAUACGCCAUGGAGGGAAUACACGUAUAUGGCGGACUACCAUGGUGGGCUGCCAUCCUCACUACAUCCCUCGUCGCCCGUCUGCUGCUCUUCCCGGCGUUCGUCAAGUCGUCAGACAGCAUGGCACGAACAGCGGCUUUGGGAGAGGUCCUCAAGCCGUUUGAUCAACGCAUGAAGGAGGCUCAAAAGGAGGGAGACACGCAAGGCGUCCUGCUUGCUAUGAAAAGGAAAGGGGAGGUCAAGAAACGGGCUGGAAUCAUCAGCAUGCCAAAGCAACUGGCGCCGAUGUUGCUUCAGGGUGUGAUUGCGUACUGCGGUAUCAAGCUCACGCGGGCCAUGGCUGCGUUACCAGUCCCAGGCCUUCACGACGGCGGCUUUCUUUGGCUGGAGGAUCUGACUCUGACGGAUGGAUACCUUCUGUUGCCAAUUCUGAUGGCAGGAACAAUUCAUGUGGUAGCUCGAAUGGGCGGCGAGACGGGUGCGAUGACACAGCUCGGGCCCAUGAUGAGACCGUUGAUGCUGUACAUCAUGCCGGGCUUGAUCGCUGUCUUCAUGGCAUUCCAGCCCGCCGCAGUCUGCGUGUGGUUCUGCGGCUCGGGUGCGAUUGGUAUGGGCCAAGGACUACUUUUGAGGAAUGAGGCUGUGAGGAAAGCUCUAGGCAUGGCGCCCAACUUUGUGCCCAAGCCUGGCAUGGAGCCAACGAACACGCUCACGGCUAUGUUGGAAGACAGGUUCCCUGCGAUGAAAGAGCAAAGGGCCGCGCUGAAUGGCGGAGCGCCGCCAAAGCCCUCUGGACCGUACAUCAACCCGACCUAUCAACCGCCUCGAGUGCAGCGGACGAGUAGCAAGACGAUCGACACGACGCUGGUGACUGGGACUAAGGGUGAGGAUAUGGUGCAGCCGGGUACGCCACCGCCGAAGAAGCCUAGCAUCAGGGAAAAAUGGAGUAACUUCAAAGCGAUGUCGGACGAACAAUUGAAGAAGGAGAAUGAGAAAAAGGCGUUCAAGCGGAGGGCGGAACUGUAUGAGCAAAGGGCGAAGGAGAAGGGACGGCGGUGA